UAUAUCGAGAUCGACAUAUGUGGGGGCGCCGGGUACGUCUACGCUUAACUCUCCAGCACUCAGCAUGUCGCGAGUGCCUCCAACGUUGGUGGGCAAUCACUUGCCCGGAGUCGUUCCAGAGUGGCCGGUUGUCACCGCCAGCACUGCCGCGCUCUGAGCUGAUAAAGCGAAACUACGAAACAUAGCAUGCUUUCUGACCCCCGUUCCCAAUCUCUGACUCUGUCUUGUUUUUUAACAAUCCACAAGCCUUUCCUUUCUACUUUCUGUGGCUCACUCCUACGUUAUUCCGAUUUGCCCGGUCCUCGCUUUCUUUCUUGGUUCGCUUCCGGUGAUAUACAAGGCGAAUCAUUCUUCUCAACGUUGUCAAACACGCUUGAAUUCUGCCCAUCCCCAGCAUCAUUAUCUCAGGAUAUGUUGCAGCAGUGCCAUCUCAGCCAUGUGCUGCACAGUGCUGCACUCGGCACCUCUCCCGGUGGCAGUGUUCCGGAACGGGUGCGAACGUCUUCUUUCGGAAAUGAUUGUUCUACUUUCCCCUCUGAGCACCGCCAGCAAAUUUUGAACUGGCCACAUGCCCAAACUUUAAUGACCCACGCGGGCAUAAAUGGCGCACAAGAUCAUGCUCGAUCUGCAUCAUUGUCGAACGGGGGAACCGGCAACGGCAGGCCGUUUAUGCACCCUGCCCAAACGUGCCCCAGGGAUGAGAGAGGUGUGGAGAUUCGUGGCACCCUUGAGGGGUGUACUAAUGCAUUCAACUCAAUUGGAUUCUCCUCCGAAGGGGAGAGGAUUGCCUCAGGCUCUCGGGACAAUACCGUGGUGGUCACCGGUCAUAUCCCUGACCUAAUGAAUGGAGGUCCGAGUUAUGUUGCUCAGAAUCCAUCAGUAAACUGUUCCAUCACACCAUACCCAACAAAUCGUAGUGGGCAAGAUGAAAGGCUUUCCUCAGUUCCUGCCGUCCCACCGAUGCCAUGUACUGGUGAUUUUCCAGUCAUUGGCACUCACGAAGUGGUUCAGAUGGAUGUGCCGCGGUACGAUGUUGAAACUUGCCUGGUGGAUCCUCGUAACUACCGCGACACACCGAGCUAUUCCUUUUGCCAGGUCGCUGACCUAAGCCCGCCGCUGUCUUCACCUUCAAACGUCUUUCUGCCAUCUUCUCAAGGGUUUUAUGCGUGCGUGAGCAAUGGAGACGUUUCAAACACGCGUUCGUCAGGUGUUGACCUCGCUACUGGAACCACCCUGUCUAUGCCAGCAACAUCCUUCCCCUACCAUACCGUCUCUCAACCUGGCUGUGUACACGAUCAUGAAAUGACGUGCAACGAAGACGGCGCAUCUGGCCAGAAUGUUUACUCGGCGGUACCGUUGUCAUCGCCUUUAAAUAUGGCUCGGGAGCUACACCCGCCGGCCUCCGACCACUCCCAUAAUGGCGGGAAUCUUCCAAUGCCUUUGGGAUCACCUAUAGCUAACUCUUCCGCUGCUGUUUUCUCGAACAGCUUGCUCACGACACGCCCUUUUUGUGAUCACAUUGCACGUAAAUCCUGUGGUUGGAAGGGUGAUGAUGGAAUGGUAUGUGGCAGCCCUGUGACGUCCCAUGAUUUGCCAAAUCACUUCGCUGCUAUCCAUGGCAUCAAAAACAUGGCAUCGGAUAUCAAAGUCGAGUGCCGUUGGUGUCCUCCAGGUUCGCGAAAGCAAGUUAAGCGGGAAAGCAUGAUCAGGCAUCUGAGGGAGGUACACUUAAAGUGCCCACGCCCAAAGAAAGGGUCUAUGUAGUUUUCCUCGCAGUUUUCUUCAAGACAUCCUGAAUGUCGACGUGACAAUAAGUGAGCACGCACUUCUUGGUUUGUCUUACAUAAU